CCCCUCCGCAGCAAGCCUGCUCGCCGGCCCCUCCCCAGCCGCUUGCUUUGCAGGGCGCCGCGCAGGUCACUGCUCGUACAAUGCCGCGAGGAUCUGGUCUAGGCCGAGGCGGAGGCUCAACCCGAGGAAGGAGAAGAGUAGCACACGCAUUCAAUGACACGCAGACACAGUGGGGCGCUCAUCUGGAAUCCGUCGGCAAUGACUCGGAGCUUGAACAUCUACUUGAUGAGCAUAGGGAGGGGAUGGUGGUCAGGACUGGGCUGAGAUGCCACCAUGAUCUGUACCCGAUCUUGAGCUGUAGCUGGUCGGGUUCAGAUGCAGGAAGAAGGUACUUGGCAUGCCCACAAGUGUUGCAGCCAUGUUCAUUCAAAUAUUGGAUUGACCAGGAGUUUAGUGGUAGAGCAAGAAGGGUGAUUGAAGACCUCGUGUCUAUGAAACAGAGCAUGACAGAGUUGUAUGUGCAUUCCUCUGACCAAUGGGAUUCCAUGUAUGCUGAUAGACAGAGAGCACGAAAGGAAAUUUCUGAAUUGAAAUCAACAAUUAGUGAACAACGUAGUUGCAUUUGGUGGUUGUUGUGUUUCUGUAUUGUAAUCGCUGGAGGCCUAUGGCUCAUUUUGUAAUGUAAAAUGCAAGUAUGAAAUGAUGUUGCAACAAUUGUAACCAUGUAUUGUUGAAACAUUGAUGGUUGCCUUUGCAUAUUCUGCUGGUGAUGCAGUCACGGCCGUGGACAGCGGGAAGAGGGCGCUCGAGAUACUGGGCUCGGAAUCGUCGGAGCUCAAGCAAAUCCCGGUGGUGAUCAUGUCCUCCGAGAACGUUCCGACAUGGAUCAGCAGGUGCAUGGAAGAAGGCGCCGAGGACUUCCUGCUCAAGCCCGUCAGGCCGUCGGACAUCUCCCGCAUAACCACUCGGAUGCUGCACUGAUCAGUGGCCACCACAGUCGUCAGAUUGUCAAUAGUGUUUUGCAGUUACAGUGGACGUAGCGAUCGAGUUUAUUCAGAAUAGCAGUUAGACACCGUUCAAAAAAAAAAGGAAUAGCAGUUAGACUGUAACGGGGGCUCGGCUAGCUUGCUGCCUCAGUAGUAGCAGGAGUUAGCUGUAGGCUUCCAGUAGCGAGUUUCUCAAGAUAUAAGAUGUGUGCAUGGAUCGUUUCGUUUAAUGGAAAAUUACAGUGGCUGACCCUUUUGCCACUAGCAAGUUUUGUUUGCUCACUAUGUGUGUCCAGGUGCUGCUGGCAGUUCUGUUCCUGCUACCAAGCCACUGAAUAAAAGAACUUGACCAUUGUCCAGGUGGCAUUAGUUGAGACCCCCACCUCAUUUGUUUCUUAUUGCUAGACUGAAAAAA